GUGAGCAUAGUUCGCUCCGCUAGUGCUCGUUGCGUUGACCGUGUUGUGUUGCAGUUAGUUCAGUGGGUUAAUCGCGAAGGUAUAGCGACGCUGCUACACAUGCUACCAGCAGCCUGUAUUUGCUAAGUGCUAUCUCAGUAUCUGGCUUAAUUGAGGUUGAGCGAAUAAAUCAUUUCGAAAAUGGCUGAGAAAAUCAUCUCCAACGACAAUGGCGACACGGUGGUCUUUUGUGGCACGUUGGUGCACUCUACAAAUGCAUCACCGAUGAUUAUACUUCAAGAUCAAGUUAUUGGUGUGCAGAAGGGGAAGAUAAUAUUUGUGAAGCACAAAGAGGAUUUACAAAAAGUUUUGGAUCAACAUUGUCUUCCUAAAGGAUGUGUCAAAUGCUUGACAAAAUAUCAGUUUCUGAUGCCCGGUCUGAUCGACACGCACAUCCACGCACCCCAGUACGUCUAUACAGGCACUGCCCUAGAUCUUCCUUUACUUGAUUGGCUAAAUAGAUACACCUUUCCAACGGAAGCCAAGUUCAGUGAUCUGGAAUUUGCUACUUACGCCUAUAAUAAAGUGGUGAGGAGGACACUAAGAUGUGGAACAACGACGGCGUCUUAUUUCGCAACAAUUCACAAGGAGUCUUCUCUGAGGUUGGCAGAAAUUGCGGCUGAUCUGGGUCAAAGGGCAUUUAUAGGAAAAGUGAAUGCAGAUCAGAAUUCUCCUCCAAAUUAUGUAGAAACACUUGAACAGUCUUUGAAAGACACAGAAUGGUUUAUAGAGAAGAUAAAAGAUCUAAACAAUCCCCUCAUUGCUCCAAUCAUUACACCUCGGUUUGCUAUCUCCUGUAGCAGAGAGCUAAUGACGGGUUUGGGAGAGCUUGCUAAAAAACACAAUCUACGUGUGCAGAGUCAUAUAUCAGAGAAUCGAGAUGAGGUCAAGACAGUAUUAGAAUUUUAUCCAGACUGUAAGAACUACACAGACGUAUAUGAUAAGUGUGGACUCAUGACUGAUAAGACUCUGAUGGCACACUGUAUAUACUUAGAUGAUGAAGAAAUCCAGACUUUCAAAGAUAGAGGCUCCGCCAUGUCACAUUGUGCAUGCUCAAACUUCUCAUUACGGAGUGGUGUAAUGGACUGUAGGAAGAUGAAGGAAAGUGGUGUUAAACUUGGGCUGGGAACAGACGUAUCCGGUGGUUACAAUCCAUCCAUGUUUGAUGCCAUCCGAGAUACCAUCACUGCAUCAAACGUCCAGAGUAUACAACAUCAACCAGACCGUCCAUAUAAACACCUUGAUUUUAGAGAAGUCUUCCAGCUAGCAACAUUAGGUGGUAGUAAAGUUCUUGGGAUAGACAGUAUUGUUGGUAGCUUUGAAGUGGGCAAGGAAUUUGAUGCCCUUCUUGUCACCAUGGAUACAGAAGACUCUCCAUUUGAUAUCUUCCAAACUGAUGCAUACAGAGACUCUCUUGAGGAUAUGAUUCAAAAGUUCCUCUUCCUUGGUGAUGAUAGGAAUAUUGAAGAGGUCUAUGUGUGUGGAAGGAGAGUCAAACCAUUCAUGGAUGAAGCAUCAAAAUUAAAACAGCAGCAACAACACUUGGCUUAAUUGCGCAUUAAAUAGAGGGAGGAGCUAGAGAGAAAGGGCACGACCUAACAGUCAUUUUGUCUCUUCUGG